AUGCCUCAUAAGCACAAGAGACGCGAGCAAGAUGCCUCGCUUUUCGAUCUCCCACCUUCGAUGAUCGCAAAGUCACUUCCAGUGCGCGAUCCAACAUCCAAGACCAACAAUGGCAAGAACGGCAAGGGCAAGAAGCCCCAACAGAAACAGGCCGAUCCCACCAAAAAGCCAUCGGGCCCUGCAACAAGUCGCCGCAAGGGUGCAAAGGAAGAUGACACCCCGAAAGCCUUCCAGCGCUUAAUGCAGUACCAAACAACAGGCAGACGAGCCCCCUCCGGUCUCGAAACCGGCGAGAAGCGUGAAAAUAAGAAGCGCAAGCUCGAAGAAACAGCAGAAACUAAGAAAGGACCUCAGCAGAAGAAACCCGCUACGACGCUCUCUGAACAAGCUGCGUCCAAUGCCGACGGCAAGAAAGCCUUGCCUAAGAUUCUACCCGGCGAGAAGCUGGCGGAUUUUGCAGCGCGCGUUGACCGUUCGCUCCCGCUUUCCGAAAUGACCAAGUCGGCUAAAUCCGGUGCGCCUGGCAUGCGCACUCACAAGAUGACGAAGCAUGAGAAACAUCUGCGCCGACUUCAGGAGGGAUGGCGAAAGGAUGAGGCCCGGCUGAAGGAGAAAGAGCAGGCUGAGCGGGAAGAGCGGGAAUUCGAGAUGGGAGAUCAGCUGGAGCUUUUGAAUGAGUGGGAGCGUGAGAUGCGAGGUGGAAAGAAGAAGAAGAAUGUUGUUAAGAAGAAGAGUGGUGACGCCGGUAGCGAUGACGAUGAUCCGGAUCCUUGGGCUAAGCUGAAGAAGCGGGAUAAGGAGCGCAAGGCCAAUCCGUUUGAUGUUGCUCAGGCGCCGCCCACCUUGGCUAAGCCCAGAGAGAUUUUCAAGGUUCGAGGUGGUGCCAAGGUGGACGUUGCUAAUGUUCCCAAUGCCGUGGGAAGUUUGAGAAGGCGGGAGGAGUUAGCUGGGGAGAGAAGGAAUAUUGUGGAGGAAUACCGGCGUUUGAUGGCUGAGAAACGGGGAGAAUGA